AUGCGUCGCAAUUUCACACUAGCAGCACAUUCCCAAACCUCUACAACCCGUCUAUAUCCUCCCUCAUCAGCACCUAUCGAACGACUCCCCCUCGAGCUAAAACUUCGCGUAGUAUGUCACCUAUCCGUCGCCGAUGCACACAACCUAGCAUCAGUCUCCAAAUCAUUACAAGAUGCGGCCGAAUCGGUCAUAUGGUCCAAGGUAGACAUGUCUCUACCUGAGAAUUGGGAUAAACAAGUCCUGCUGUGGGAAGAUACUAUGCCAGAUUGGUGGGCACAGCAUUCCCUCACACGCGAGAUUGAAGAUGUUUUAGUAGGAUUCAGGUCGACGAUGGACAUGGAAGGAGGGUCUAUCGGUUGGUCAAAAGAUGAAGAUAGUGAUAUCUGCUGGAACGUCCGCAAUCUCAAAUUCUUGACCCGGAUAAAACAAGUCUCAACAGCAUUGACAAGUCAUCCCUCUAGAGGUAAUUGGGUAGGGGAAUUGCGCUUGGAAUUACCUCAAAUGCGUCAAGAUCAACUAGAUGACCAGCAAAUGAAAAUGGAUGCUCUGAAGGAGAUUGUAAGACUAGUGGGAAGGAAUCUUCGGAUGAUUAGAUUGGGAUCACCAGAGAUCAAUCUAAGAGAUGAAUACUACGAUCCGUACCUUGAUUCAGCAUUCUUUCUUGGUUAUAUCGGAUUGACUGGACUUAACAUCGGUAGAUUACAAACGUUAGAAUUAGUACUAGAAGGAUCAAUAUCUUUCCAGGCUCAGAUGAAGAGUAUAGUCAAUGUGAUUGGGACUUCCACAGUCACCAAACUAAUCCUUAACCCUUCUUGGUCCGAUUCAUCUUGGUUCCCAGAUCCUAAUGACAAUGCCAUACCUAAGAUACCCUCACUUAAAACCUUGCAUCUCAACCACCUCCAUCCUCGCUCUGUAGAGACGGCUUGCGGACUGAUCAGCUCCGCGGAUAGUUUGGAAGAACUCAAAGUGAGCUUCACGGAUGAUGGCGAAAGCGCUUGGGAUGUUUUUCCCCUCGCGGAAGCCGAUCGGGCUAUCAAGACUUUUCGAGAACACAAGAAGUUGAGGAGGAUCGAAUGGUAUGGCGGAUUGCAAGCCAGAUGGUGGUUUGAAAAGCUGGUUCAAAGUGGAUUUGAACAUGUCGAAGUGUUGGUGCAGAAUCAGGCAAUAGAGUGUGAGAGUGAGACAUUUAUCGAGAACAUCCUCAUACCCCCUUUCCCUUCACUACGAAGCAUUCUCAUUCCCUGUAGAUCCCCGAAAUGGUAUCGACACCUCUCGCCACCAGAUUGGGCUAAAGCACCACCACCUCGUAAUUCCAUCUCUCCCCAUGUCAUCUCACAUCUACAAGCAGCUCCCAAUCUACUUGCAGUACAAUUCAGCUGCCUCUCUUCCCUAUCUACUAGCGAAGUAUUAGAUUCUUCACAAUGGUGCGAUAAACGAGUCAAUGGUGUACUCAUCCGAAGUUACUUGAAUGAAAUAACCGGAGAGCAAUUCUAUCACCUACGUCGACUAGAAUUCUUAGUUGUUCAACCGAAACUAUACGAUUCGACGUAUAAAGACAGAUAUGAUGGGAUGAAGGAAUGUAAAGGGGAUGAAGUAGAUCAUAGAUGGGUGGAUCACACUUCCUUUAAGAGCGCUACUGUACCUUCCCCCAUCCUCAAGAAAGUCUACAAGACAUUAGGAGAGAAAUUGGAUUGGACUACGCCCGGAAGAGGGAUAUCAUUACCUGAGUCUGCAUGGGAAGUAUUGCGAAGCUGGAGAGUCAAAUUACCUGAUAAAGGGAUUGAAGGACGGAAGAUUGUAACGAGGAGAAUGGCUAGGGAUUUGCAAUGA